AUGGAAGAGCCAGAGCUGCCUGUGCUGCUAGUAAACGAAGUGGGAGGAAUGAUUGGAGUCUUAGAGGCACAUCUGCCAUUUCUGAAGAAACACUUUCGCCUUCUCACCAUGAAGGAGUUUCUUGAAAACAAAGCCUAUCUUGGUGUAACAGUUGAAGCAAUUUAUGUGUGGUGGCACAGACCAGUCAUCGAUCAAGAACUUUUGAAGAGCCUACCUCAUUUAAAAGUGGUGGCAAGUUCAGGGGUAGGAGUGGACCAUCUGGAUCUGAAGCUGAUCGCAGGAUUUGGAGUCAGGGUGGCCAAUACACCCCAUGCUGUCUGCAGCAGCACCGCAGACACUGGGGUGGCACUGCUGCUGGCAGCUGCUAGAAGACUCAUUGAAGGUUGCCAGGUGGCUACUUCCCCAGACACUGAGUAUUUCCCUUGUAACAUGUUAGGAGACGAAGUCACUGGGGCUACUCUGGGUAUCAUUGGAAUGGGCAGCAUUGGCUACAAAAUUGCUCUGAGGGCCAGAGCAUUUGAAAUGAACAUUCUUUAUCACAACAGGAACAGAAGGAAAGAAGAUGAAGAACUGGCUGUGAGUGCCUGCUAUUGUGGAAAGAUAAAAGAUUUGCUCCAGCAGUCUGACUUUGUGAUGCUUGCUGUCAAUUUAACCCCUCAGACAUACAAACUGAUUGGGAAAAGGGAGCUGGAAUUAAUGAAACCAACAGCUACUCUCAUAAAUAUCUCUAGAGGGUCAGUUGUAGACCAAGAUGCACUCGUGGAAGCUCUUCAGACUGAUGUUAUUAAGGGUGCGGCUUUGGAUGUCACUUAUCCUGAACCACUGCCCAGAGAUCACCCAUUAUUAAAAUUAAGGAAUGUUAUUUUAACCCCUCAUCUUGGUUCCAGAACACACAAAACCACUCAUAUGAUGACUGAGGAAGUGGUAGAAAAUAUACUGGCUGCUCUCCAUGGACUCCCAAUGACUAGUGAAGUAUUUCCUGACUAAGCAUGUGUAAGGGCAUUCAAUAUAACAAUAAGUAAUCAUCCUCUCCCAUUGAAUUAAGCUGUUGUCAGAGU